AUGGCAGGCGAAAAUAUAAAAAUGAGUAAAGAAGUGAAGAUUUUGGGGCUGAUCAUUGACGAUAAACUCACCUUCAACUCACACGUAGCACAAAUUACUAAAAAGACCAUAGAUCUCUUCAAAAGGGUAGACAGAGCAGCCAAGACCACAUGGGGCAUUCACCCGGAAAUUACGCGGACAGUGUACACAGCAGUAGUGGAACCGAUCACUCUGUAUGCGGCAGCCGCAUGGGCCCCGGCUGGUAAAAAGCUAAGUGUACAAGCCCAGCUAAAAACGAUCCAACGCAAGUUUGCCCAAAAGAUUAUAGGAUCAUACAGGACGGUGUCAUACGAGGCAGCCACAGUACUGGCUGGACUGCUCCCACUCGAUCUUAGACUCAAAGAAGCUGCAGCGCUUUAUGAAACCAGAAAACAUGGCACGCUCCCGGAGCUUAAAGACAUAGAAGUCGAAAAGAAGGUUCCAUAUACCGAAGGCCCACACCCAGCCAAAGCUCUGAGAACAGGCUACACACAGCUUCAUACGGAGGAAGAGAUAGCAGCUAUUGAAACUGAGACCAAGAUUUUCACAGACGGAAGUAAAAUAGAAGGAAAGACCGGCGCGGCGGUAGUAUUGAUAGAUGACGGUAAGAAUAAAACUAAAAAGUACAAACUUGCAAACCACUGCUCGGUGUAUCAGGCGGAGCUGCUCGCAAUAAACUCAGCACUGGAGGUACUCGGAAAAUCGGGAAAAAGGCAAGCCGCCAUUCUAAGCGACUCAAGGUCGGCUCUAGAGGCGAUAACCAGCACGAGAACCAAAAACCGACUCGCCCACGAAGCAAGGAAGAAGAUUGAGAGCUGUAGAGAGGCAGGCCAAGAAGUCCAACUAUACUGGGUUAAAGCACAUGCAGGACUCCAGGGAAAUGAAGCUGCAGACACGGCUGCAAAAGAAGCAGCCCUUAACCUUAAAUGCAAACCACACUACAACACCUGCCCCAUAUCGUAUGUAAAACGUCUACUCAGAGAAAAGUCCAAGGCGGAGUGGCAAACACGAUAUCAGAACUCCGAAAAUGCAUCUGUCACAAAGAUCUUCUUCUCAUCACCGGAGCAAGCGUACAGGGCUUUCAAGAAUGGCAGACUUACUAAUAAGCUAACGCAGAUGCUCACGGGGCAUGGCGGGUUCUCCGAAUACCUGCAUAGGUUUAAGUGUAAAGGGGACCCGACGUGCCCUUGUGACCAACAAAGCACCCAAGACGUAAGACACUGUCUUCUUGAGUGUCCGCGCCACGCCCUAGCAAGGCUGGACCUCGAACAAGUUAUCGGAACGGGUAAAAUAACGAUGGAGGACUUGUCGCAAGAGCUUAGAUGCACAACGGCCCCGGCGAUAAAGUAG